GUCGUGUGUGCUGAUGCUCAUCGCAAGCUUUACUUUGAGAAGGGCGCCUCUCGCCAACAGAGGCGGGCCACUGGCGUUGACGCGCCAGUCAACCGUGCGGAAGAGAGGCUCUUUGCCGUCGUCAUUCCUGAGUUGCCCCAUGCACCCAUUGCUGAGGCCUUGGAGGUUGCUCGCAGCCGUGUGGUACGUGAGCUAGUUGCAGCUGUUGGGCUGCACCCCGCGUCGCUGCUGUGCGCGACUGAUGGGUCCGCCAAGGAGGACGUCGCAGGUUGGGCGGUCGCGGUGGAGGGCGCUGGUGCCCAUGCCGGCAUCCUCGCUGGAGAGGAUCAUGAUUCUUUCCUAGCUGAGACUUUCGGGCUCCUGGUGCUCUUCCAGGCUCUCGCUGAAGUUGCGGACGGCGUUACGCUGCCCCCUGUAAAAGUGCUAUGUGACUGCAAGUCGGCAUUGCGACUGUGUGAAGUCGAGUACAAUGGUGAGUGGAGUCCGCCGCAGGGCGUUUCGGGGGAUCGCGCUCGGCUUGGUCUGGCUCCGCCAGGGCUCUUUGGCAUCGUCGCAGCGAAGUACCAUGAGUGGAUGGCCUAG